AUGACUUCACACGAUCGUAAAGAAGUCAAAAAGCUAAAGGAUAAAGCUGCCAGUAAAACUAUUUUCGGCAGUAAUCAAGACAUUGUUGUGAUUGCAGCUGAAGAUAUGUUGAAGAAAUGCAACGAAAAACACUACGCCGACGUUUAUAGCCUGGAUAUAAGCAACACUGGAAUAACAAGAAUUGCAAACUUAGAAAAGUUUAUAAAGCUUCGAGUCUUGGAUUUAUCAUGUAAUAAGAUAGAAUGGAUAGAUGGUUUACAACACAAUCAGGAAUUGCGUGAACUGAAAUUAUACUCGAACAAAAUUUCUGAGUUAAAUGGCUUAGAGAAACUUAAAGGAUUAACUAACCUAAUUCUUCAGUUUAACAACAUUACUGAAAUAGGCAACGGUUUAAAAUCGUUAAGGGCACUCAAACUCCUCCGGAUAGACAAUAAUAAAAUUAAUAAAGUGGAAAAAAACACGUUGACUUGUUGCCCAAAUUUAAGUAGCUUAGACAUGAGCAACAAUUGUAUCCAUGAUUUAACGAAUAUCUGCUGUUUGAAAGCCUUAACGGAACUACGAUUAGCAAAUAAUCAAAUAGAGCAUCUACCGGAUAGUCUUGCUUGCAAAUCACUGUCGGAAUUAGAUCUAUCAGGUAACAGUCUUACCGAUGUUGGUAGCUUGAAUGGUUUACAUGUUUUGAAUAGAAUAAAUGUUCAAUUUCCGGCUCUCGAAAUACUUGAUAUACAACGAAAUCAGAUAUCUUUUAUUGAAGAUAUGGAAUCACUAAAGUUAAUUUCUACCGCAACAGAAUAUUUACUAAUAGGAAAUCCUGUUGAGUCAACUCCGGAAUAUAGGGGAUUUUUAGCCAAGAUAUGGGAACUUGUUCUAAAUCUGGAAUCCUUGAACAAGGUAUCUAGUAUAGAAGCUAAUCGUUAUGCUAGAUUUUCGCAAAAACAAAAGAGAUCGAAAAAUAAUCCGAAACGACCGGGUUCUGCAACUAUUAUUAUGAGAAAAAUGUCAGGAUUCGAGUCCAAAGAGGUAGAGGAAAUAAUUAAAUUUUCUACAAGGCAAUUGCAUACAUUUGAAACUUCAGUACAAGAAAGAUUUAAUUCUAUCCGGAAAUCAAUCGAUGAGCUACUCCCUGUACAAGCCAUGUCUAAACGAUCAAUAUCACCUUCCAAGAGCGCAAUGGAUGAGCGACCAUAUUCUGCAGGACAACGGCCAUCUAGCCGCAGUGGAAGGCUGUCACGACUUCAGGAAGCUAUGGCUUUUGCAACUGAAAAUUUUACGGAAGAGCCUGAACAGACCUCAUGA